AUGUCGACCUCCAGCCACUCGGGCGAAAUCAAGGAUGCCUACGACGUCGAGGAAAAGGGCGCUGCGACAGCGCCGCACCUCGAGUCGGGUGCAGAGGUCGUCUCUGCGCACGACGGCGUCAACCGCGACAAGGGAGUCAUCGGAUGGCUGUGGAAAGUCGCCAUGAAGCUCGACAGCUACGGCGUCGAGGUCCGCGGUGUCGAGCGCGUCCCGCCCAACGAGCGUCACCACACCGGCGUGUUUGAUGCCGGCUACCUCUGGGCGUCUGCGAACAUGACCAUCUCGACCUUCUCCCUGGGCACCCUCGGCAACUCGAUCUGGGAGCUCAAGGGCACCGACGCGUGCUUGACCAUCCUUUUCUUCAACCUCCUCACGACUCUGCCGGUCGCCGUCUUCUCCUGCUGGGGCAAGUCGACUGGUCUCCGUCAGAUGAUCCUCGGCCGCUUCUCGUUCGGCCCCUGGACCAUCCUCUUCCCCAUCGCGCUCAACUGCUUGGCUUGCAUCGGCUGGUCCACCAUCAACACCAUCGUCGGCGCGUCGGCGCUCAAGGCCGUCUCGGACUCGCACCAGCUCCCCGAGCCUGUCGGCAUCAUCAUCAUCGCCUUGAUCACCCUCGUCGUCUCGCUCUUCGGCUACCGCUACGUCCACGCCUUCGAGCGCUACGGCUCCGUCCCCAUCUUCGUGAUCUUCUGCAUCAUGUUCGGCCAGGCCGGCAAGUACAUGCACGGCGGGAUGGGUGGCGUUGGCGAGGGCGAGGCAGCCUCCGUCCUCUCCUUCGGCGGCACGAUCGCCGGUUUCGCACUCGGAUGGACCUCCCUCGCAGCCGACUACACCGUCAACUUCCCCGCCGAGACCCCCGACUGGAAGGUCUUCCUCUCGACCUACAUCGGCCUCAACUUCCCGCUCGUCUUUGUCGAGUGCCUCGGCGCACUCAUGAUGACCACCUUUGUUGACAAGACCACCUGGGCCGACGCGUACGACAAGGGCGGUCUUGGUGGUCUCCUCGGUGCGCCUCUCGUUGGACCUAUGGGCGGAUUCGGACGCUUCCUCCUCGUCGUCCUCGCCAUGUCGAUCGUCUUCAACAACAUCCCGAACGUCUACUCUUUCGCCCUCACUUUCCAGGCCUUCGGCAAGUACUGCCAGGCCAUCCCCCGCUUCUUCCUCUGCAUCGUCUGCACGGCCAUCUACAUCGCACUCGCCGAGGCUGGCUACAACAGCUUCGAGAGCGCAUUCGACACCCUCCUCGUCAUCCUCUCCUACUGGCUCGCCAUCUACUCUUGCAUCCUCCUCAUCGAGCACUACUUUAUCCGCCGCGGAUGGCAGGGAUACAACCUCGACGACUACAACAAUUACAAGAAGUUGCCCGUCGGUAUCGCUGCUGCCGUUUCCGCUGGAUUCGGUGUCGCUGGCGCUGUGCUCGGCAUGAGCCAGACGUGGUACGUCGGCCGCAUCGGAGGACUCGUCGCGCCUCCGUUCGGCAUGGACAUCGGCUUCGAACUCGCAUUCGGCUUCACGGCCAUCACCUACCCCGUCUUCCGCCUCAUCGAGCGCCAUUACACCGGGCGAUAG